AGUCAAUUUGAAAACGUAUCAACUAGUUAACGUUUAAUUAGUAGGUGAAACAAACAUUUACGGGCCAUAAGAUGCUAACUGUUUAAAUUUAAUCAAGCAGAGUUUUUUUUUUUCUUAAUAUUUAUUUAACCGAAAAAAGUUGUGAAUAAUGAAUUGUAAAAUUUUUAAGUUUACAGCUUUCAUCAUUAGCUGUAGUUAUAUUUUCAAAACUGUUCAAUGUGAUUCCGUUGAUGCACGUAUAUAUGGUGGAUCAGAAAUUCAAAUAACCGAUGCACCAUAUCAAGUAUCAAUACGUUUAAAAGUCGAUGAUGCAUAUAAAUUUGGUUAUGGACAUGUAUGUGGUGGAUCUCUAAUAACAAGUCGUAUUGUUUUAACAGCAGCCCAUUGUAUAGCCGCAUCUCUCGAUAAACCUAUCCAAUACCGAAGUCCUCGUGAUUUUACUUUGGUCAUGGGUGACACUUAUCUCAUACGAAAAAUUUCAGGAACUCUACAAUUUGAUGUACAACAGAUUGUUGUUCAUCCAAAUUUUAAUAAACCAGCUUCACUGGAAAACGACAUAGCAAUGAUGUUCUUUAGUGGAAAUGUUCCUUCAAAUCAAAAUAAUGUCCAUCUUAUUGCACUUAAUAAAGCUCCUUUGGCAGCUAACACUCUUUGUAAUGUUUCUGGAUGGGGUAAAAUUAAUUCAGUUCUAAUACCAAAUAAUCUUAUGCAAGCAACAGUUCCAAUUGUUCCACAAACAACUUGUGAAAGAAGUUAUGGACGUCUCCCACAAACUAUGAUGUGCGCUGGAUUUAUGGCCACUGGAGGUGUUGAUGCUUGUCAAGGUGAUUCAGGUGGUCCAUUUGUUUGUAAUAAUAAAUUGGCUGGAGUUGUGUCCUGGGGUACAGGAUGUGGUCUUCCUGGUUAUCCAGGAGUUUAUACGAAUGUUUCGUCAUUUGUUGGAUGGAUUGAACAAACAAAUGCAACUUUUAAUUAUAGUUACUAUUCUGGAGGAUCUUCUUUGGUCAAAAAAUCACUGAUAUUAAUAGUUUUAAGCUUAUUUAUAACAGUUUUUAAGAUGAAUUUAUAAAAUGUUUAAAAUAUUAACAAUUAGUUUUGCUCAAAAAGUCCACUUUACUUGGAAGCGAGUAGGUAUUCAAAUUUUAAACAUAUAUUGGCUGGAGUACCACAAGGUAGUGCUUUUAGUCCCAUAUUGUAGCUUCUUUUAUACCUACAUAUUAAUAUACCUGAAACAGAAGACAAUGGAAACUAAGUCUUAUAGAAAAUGUUCAUUAGAAUAUUUUAAUAAAAAAAAAAAUUCUUGAAGGGAUACAAAAGUUUAUUAUUAUUUAUUGAUGUAGUAAGGAUAAUUUGACAGUAAUUGUAGUCUAACAUCUUCUUA